UUAAUAUAUUUUGUACUUGCAUGCAAUUUAUCUCAUGGAUCAUGAAAAAUUUUCAGUGCGAUGUGAGACCUGCUGUGGUGCUGUUUAGUGUUUUUAGAGACAAAAAAAACCUAUAUAAAAAGUGCCUUAUAACCUGGUGAGCCUGGGAUUGGCAGGAAAAUCUCAUGAUAAUGUCAUAUACAAAAUGAAUCAUAAUCACACCUUUUGAUUGGUUAGGUAAUGCAUUAUAAUGUGACAAGUAUAACAUGUCCCCUCACGAACUAUAAUGAACGAUUUCGAAUACAUUCAGUGCUGUGCAGUAGAUAAACCUUAUUGUUGUUAUGUGUUAAGAAAGUUGUUAUUAUUAUGCAAACAAUGUGCAAAAUAUAUAAUGGCUCAUCUGAUUUAAAACAAAUGUAGAUCUAUUCCUCUCAACAGACCUUUGUCUUCUUCUUACGUUUCUCUUAAUUUGUGUUUUUCUCCAUCCACUGGUUGGAUAUGUUCAGCGCCGCUUUAAAAUAAAAAGAAACUCCCUUGUAUUGCACAUUGUUUGAUCAAUUCGCUAUUGAAAAUUCCCAGUUUCUCAUCCACGCCCGCACUGAUAUCGUGCAUCUCGCUGCCGGGUCAGAGCUUCACAGACCCGGAUCUUGAGCACCAGCUGACCGAGAGAGUAAACAGUGCUGAGAGGAAGAAGGGAGAAGUUUCUGCUCUCGGUCUUCAUAAAGCUCGCGGAAGCUUAGGAUUUGCAAACGUUAUAUCAUCGCCAAACGCGGGCAGAGAUGACCUCGUCCAGACGAAGUGAAAGUGACUGGCAAGGUUUAGUGAACGAGUUCUUGAUAUGCAAACGUAAGCUGGAGAGCAAGAAGGACGCGCUCCUCAUUCUGUCCAAAGAGCUGGACAGCUGUCAGCAGGAGAGAGACCAGUACAAACUGAUGGCCAACCAGCUGCGAGAGACACACCAGAGCUUGAAGAAGAAAUACAGAGAACUCAUUGAUGGCGACUCUUCACUUCCACCGGAAAAACGUAAUCAGGUCAAUCUGGCUCAGUUGUUAAUGGAUUCGAGGGAAAGAAACAAGAAGCUAGCCGACGAGAUAAAGGAACUGACUCAGAGACUCAGCGAGACACAGGGAGACAAUAAGCUGUUAAGAAUGACCAUCACCAAACAGAGGCUUGGGGACGAUGAAGUCGGGGUCAGACAUUUCCCUGCUCACGAGCGCGAGGAUCUGGUCAGGCAGCUGGAGAAGGCAGCACUGCAUAGAGAAGAGCUUGAACACAGUCUGAAGACGCUGAGCGAUGAACUGCAGGAUGUAAAGGCAGAGAGGACCGUGUUUAAGGAGAAGGCUGAACGUCUCAACCUCGAGCUGAACCACAUCUUGGGCGGCCAGGAGAAGCGUAUCAUCGAUGUGGACGCGCUCUGCAUGGAGAACAAAUACUUGCAAGAGAGAUUCAAACAAGUUCAAGAGGAGGUCAGUCUGUUGAAGAGUAACAUUCAGAAAUAUAAGACUGCUCUGGAUCGCAGAAGAAACCCUGAGAUCGGUGGCAAGUCUAACAGCAGAGCACUUACUGGAGUCCUUUCUCCUAAACAAGUGCAGGGUUUGUUGUCCGAGGAUAAUGGUUGCAGUUUACCAGCCACACCUCAGUCUAUCUCAGACCUGAAGUCUUUAGCCACAGCCUUACUGGAGACCAUUCAUGAGAAGAACAUAAUCAUUCAGCACCAAAGACAGACCAACAGAAUUCUGGGAAACCGAGUUGCUGAUUUGGAGAGAAAGCUGAAGACUCUUGAAAUUUCCGGGCUUUGGAGUCUCCCAGAAGGCACAGAUGCCAUCGCUCUGAGCGCCGCUCCUCUGUCCUCCAGCCACCGUCCACAGAAAACCACUAACCCUCGAGCCGCUGCAGAUGACAGGACAGGAAGAGGAGGGCCGUCGCCAUGGGAACAGGACACAGCUGGCGAUGACAGCUUCCCGAACAUGUGGCGUCCAGAUGGAGGCGGAGAGAAGGAGGACACACCUGUCACCCCUGACAUCGGGGAGGAGAGCGUCUUGUGCGGGACAGAGAUUGGGAGACAGGCUAAUGAGGUGAAGGAGGGUCCUGUGGAAAAAAAGACGGGCGUCUGCACAAAAACACGUUCCGGUCGGGAAACGGAGGGAAGCCCGGCUGUGGGAGAGGGAGAGGUUUUGGGGGAGCUCUGUCUAAUGGCGGAGGAGGCUGAGGACGCAGCUUUGGCUCUGGAUCCUGCACAACUACCUUCAUUUACUCUUGAGCAAACCGUCUGGGAAAAUGCCGACUUUCAAGCCUCUGUGGGGCUGCCGAGAGCUCGCUUUGAAGAUAUUUCGGACGGUUCCUCCAUUAAGAAGGAGCCUGUUGAGCAAAGUGACUCUGUUCUGAUACAGGAGGGGGAAAUGAAGGUCUGAAGGGUUUGGAAAUGCCUAAACGUUGCAAUUUAUUGGUCAGAUAAAAAGCAGAUGUAUAAAACUCCACUUUGCAUACAGUAUGUAAUAUUGAGGCA